GCCAGGAUCUUAUAAUGAUAGAUGGUGAAGACCUGACUGCGUGGAAGAUAUCCAUCUGUCUCCCCCUGUCAGCUUAUUGGGAUUAUCUUCAGUCUACAAAACCUGAACUGCGGAAACAACCGGAACUACGGGUGGGAAGCCUCUGGCUGAUUGAUUUGGAAGGGCUACGAAGGGUGGCAAUGAGGUCCACUGAGAUGAUCCGAUGUUUGCUCUCCCAAAUGCCAUUGAGAGUAACAAUCCUUCCUUGCAAAGGUUGAUACAUCUCGAUACACUGCUGUGAUGGAGAAAGGUUGAGAUGCUCGAUUUCACACCUCUGCAUUCACAUCAGAAUCAUUUUUGGCCAUCUGACAAUAAGUUUCUUGAUGCCUGUAUCCCGACAAUCAAUACCAUGCUUCGGAUAAUGAUAUCUUUACCAGAAUACUUCGAUGGUGCCAGCGAACUGAGUAUACCGUUCACAUGCACCGAUGCCAACAGGCCUGGGCAGUCUAUGCUACGUCUGUCCCUACGUCAAUGACACCACAACGAUUACACCACCAAACGGCAGGCACUCUUGGGUUUCAGCUCCACUAUCCUACGAAGCCAGAGGCGAUAACUAAGUGCCGCAAGCGGGAGGCUGAUGAGCGUCUGACCUAAAGUUGACUCUCAACCAAGCCCUGUCUUCGAUCUAUGGCGCCGCAGCCGCUCUCAACUAAUGCCUCUCUCCCUGAGACUCACUCUAGCCAUAGCUAUGAGGACCCCAGCACGAGCAAUCGAUAAUGAUGAAUACCAUGGUGAGCACUGAGGACCAGCUGUUGCCCGGCCCAUUCGCCCUAGUCGCCCAGCCCAACGUCUUGUGUCAAAAGAUAACUUCAUCUUGCCGUAUCACCAUUGGAAACUGUCAUUAUAGCGAGACACGAAACUAAAGCACUGGCAAAAUUCACCAUGUGGGCUGGUCGCUUUGGUUGAACGGCAUAUUUGAUAUUAUGCGGCGCUCAUCAGGGGCCUUAGUUCAUCACUCUACAUUCCGGUCCCUGUCAGAGAGCGAGCGCCUACCCUUGAGCCAAAAGAGCGAGCCCACACUAAUGACAGGCAUCAUAUGGCAGAUAGAGGCUAUUACUUCGACUUGCUGUCUCUGUCCCGCCGAAUGGAUAUAUAUAUCUCUGCGAGCGGAUCCAGAGACACUGGAGAUAGCUAAGAAUAACGGGGGCUUUGACUCUAGUGCACCCCUGAGAUCCUCAAAUGCCUAUGAAAGCCUGUCGACGGAAUAUGAAGUGCGAUCAAACACAAUGGUGAUAACGGCGAACUGUAUCGAACAAAGCAAAUACAUCAGCCCCUAUGCACUAUGGGGCCUUGUUCGCAAGCGAUUCUUUUCUAAACCUAGUGAUGUUAAACAUAACGAUCUACAACUACCACAAAGUUGUAAACAUUAUUCCAUUCAGCUGGAAGUCAACACAUUUGGCAGUGAAGCAACGAAUGCUCGCGAGAUAGCCGCCCUAGCCGGAUAUAGAUACAGCCAACAUAGGUUUCUCGAACUUAUUGAGAGAUGAAGGUCGAUAUGGGACAGGGUGCGUGCCUGGCGUUGUUUCUGUCCUCGCACUCCCUUGACCAAAUGUUGGUUUCUCCUGAGGACAUUAUCAACUACCUGUUGGCGAAACAAUGCAGGAUACCUGUUACCAAGCUGCCUCGUUGGCUGCAAGCAACUUCUACCUCAUUUCUUCCGGCUACUGGGGUGACUCAGACCUGCCCGCCUUCCACUGGAACUCCAGCCCAAGGCAGUUGGGGCUGCUUCCGGGCAACCAG